UAAAGCUGUGUGUGUGUGUGUGUGUGUGUGUGUGUGUGUGUGUGUAAUGUACACGUCUGAGCCACCUCGCAGCUCAGUACACAUCAAGAGAUUGACUGAAGUGCUGGUUCUCUUUCACUGAUGGAUAAAAAGAAGAAAGGAAAGACAACAGGACAGAAGGAUCUCCUGCGUGUCUCCGUCCACCUGCUGAUCUUUUUCUCAUUGUUUCUUUUUUGUGGAAAACCAGCAAGUUGUUUUUAGCUUUUAUGCUAACACUUCUGGCCUUUUAACUUCUAUUCACGAGGAAUAGAAAAAGGCUGGAAGAAGCGACUUCAGAGGAACCCGAGAUAAGAAAGGAGGAGGUUUCAAAGUAGGACCUUGUGCUUGGUUUUCCUGUCCUUCUAAGGUGAACUUGUGGCUGUAGUCUGUUUGUGAGGCAAAUUUGGAGGACUCUUUCUCUCUCUCUCUCUUUCUCUUUCUCUCUCUCUUACGCACACACACACACACACGUUUGCAUGCACACACACUUUCUCCAGCUUCUAAGCUCCCUCCAGGUCAAUGUGACAGUUUCUUCAUCUUUCUUUUCAUCCCCUGGAUGCUCCAACAGAAACAAGUGGACUAAAAAAGGAGGGAAAGAAAACGUACGAGGAGAAAAGCACAGCCAUGUCGUUGUAGUAGGAGGAGCGAGGAGUAAUAUAGUACAAGUGCUUUUCCCUCCUGGAGAAGGAGGCUGAACCAUUAGAACAGGAGGGGAGGAGGCUGUGUGUGAGUGACAGAUCGCACCCCACAGGUGGAGGCAGGUCUGAGGAAGAAGAGAGAGCGAGAGAGAGAGAGAGAGAGAGAGACCGAGAGAAGGGAAAGGAGGAGGAAAAGAAGGAGAAGGAGUGCAGGAGCAGACAGUCGAGAGUGUGAGAGAGCCAGCUGACCCACAAUGAGCCACUGCAGGAAGAGGUGCAAGCGACAGCUGACCAAAGUGGCCCGCUUCUUUUACAGGUUCCUCACAGGGACACUGACCCAAGACAGCAUCGAGGAUGAUUUUGAACUCUCUACUGUGUGCCACCGGCCUGAGGGUCUGGAGAAACUGCAGGAGCAAACCAAGUUCACCAAGAAAGAGCUGCAAGUGCUCUACAGGGGCUUUAAAAAUGAAUGUCCCAGUGGCGUUGUGAAUGAGGACACCUUUAAGAUUAUCUACUCCCAGUUCUUCCCACAAGGGGAUUCGAGUAUGUAUGCACAUUUCCUUUUCGAGGCAUUUGACACUAACAAGAAUGGAUCGGUUAGUUUUGAGGACUUUGUCAUUGGCCUGUCCAUCAUCCUCAGGGGGACAAUAAUUGAUCGGCUCAACUGGGCAUUCAAUCUUUAUGAUCUCAAUAAAGAUGGGUGUAUCACCAAAGAGGAGAUGUUAGACAUCAUGAAGUCAAUCUAUGACAUGAUGGGGAAAUAUACGCAUCCCUGCAUGCAAGAGGACGCUCCCAGAGAGCAUGUGGAGAGCUUCUUUCAGAAAAUGGACCGUAACAAUGAUGGUGUGGUCACCAUUGAUGAGUUCAUUGAGUCAUGCCAAAAGGACGAGAACAUCAUGCAGUCCAUGCAGCUGUUUGACAACGUCAUUUAGAAUCACGCUCUGGUGGAGAGGAGAAUGCAAGAGCCUGAGAGAAGUGACCAAGACCUUCAAAUUGGUCAACCAAAAGCUACUUCCUCCUCCAUAUCCCCUCUUCACCCAGCCAGAGGACCGCCAUCAUUCUGUUUCUUUCUUUCUCCCAGAGACAUAGUGGAAGAUGAUGCACCAGGGCUGGCUUCUAGAUCCACUUCAAUAACUUGUUUUUCUUACAUCCCUGAAAGCAUUAAACAUAUUAGCUGGACUCAAGAUGAAGCCAGCUUGACACAUUUCACAUGUAACCGGAAACUCUGAGGAACAUGAAGUGACGAUAGAAGUGAAAGGAACUGGCCGACCAACAUCUAGCUAGAAGUUAUGGCCGAUGGUGGUGGUUUUUUUUGUUUGUUUGUUUUUGUUUUUUUAAAUAACUGACUGAUUUUUCUUACCGCAUGAUGUCAAAUAACCUACACUAUGUAACGUACCUAUUUACCGAGCUAGUCCAAAGCUUGUCUGUUGUCAAAUGGCCAUCCACAUGUGCCUCGCUCAGACUGCGUGCUGUCGUGUGCGCCAUUCAAGUUCCUCCAUUCAGCAGCCAAUAGAAAUAGAAACAGUCUAUGCCUGUACAUUCCAGACGAGUCUGUAGAAAAAGUGACUCCUUGGCCUUGAAGUCCUUAGCGCUUAGCAGUUCGGACUGUUUUUUCUUUCUCUGGUAAGAGAGUUUUUGUCCUUUUCAGCCCAUGAAGUGUCUCAUUAAGUAGAGAAGUUUCCCAUGUAUCGUGUAAAAACAGCAGAGUGGAGCUAUGCUGCAUUAAUGCUACCCUAUGUUCUCACUGUGAACGCACAUAAAAUAUGAAUCGUGAACUCAUUACUGCUGGUAGGAUGCACUAAUGAUAAAUUCAAUGUUUUACAUCCCUCCUUUUCCACGUAUCUUAUUCAUAAAAAGAAUAUUUCACUAAUUUCAGGCAGAACUAAAGACCAGUGCUCAUAGGCAGCUCUGUAGGGCGUAGGGACCAGCAAGCUUGUCUGUGCACCGAGUGUCCAUCCAACACCAAAGACACCCACCAUGACCCAUACUAAAAAGAAUUUUUAAUUGAAAAAAAAAAAUGUAUGAAUAAAUACUUAUAGUAGGGUACAGUUGAAGGGAAGAGUGUGACAAUGGUAUGAAGUACCAAGUAGUGAAUAUUUUUGCAAAAUGGAAAAAUUUAAGCCCAACAAUUGUUAAUAUAUUAUCACAAUUGUAUGUAAUUUGAUUGAGCAUUUUAAGUCAAGCUUAGGAAUCAGCCUGUUUGCAUAUUUGGGGAAACUGUGGACUAAUAUGAUACCUUGCAUAUGUAUUCACCCUUUUGUAUUGUUACGACCUGGAAUUGAAAUGAAAUUAAUUGGGAUUUUUUACUAUUUGAUUUACACAUCAACUAUUUGAAUGCGUAAAAUACGUAUGUUUUACUGCAGGGUUAAUUAAACAAUCCAUAUUAACCCCCAAUUAGUCACUACUUGGUAGAGCCACUUUCUGCAAUUACAGAUGCAGGCCUUUUGGGAUAUGCCUCUAUCAGCUUUGCACAUCUGGAUUCUGAUGUUUUUGCAAAAUUGCUCAAGUUCAAUCAGAUUGAAUGGAGAAUUUUCAAGUCUUGCCACAGAUCUCAAUCAGAUUGAGGUCUAAGCUUUGACUGGGCCAUUCUAACACAUCCAUGUUCUUGGUUUUGAACCACUCCGGUAUAGCUCUCGCAAUAUGCUCUUGGAAGGUGAGAGUCCAUCACGGUCUCAAGCCUGGAACUGGAACAGGUAGACUGGAACAUGUUUUCUUUUUAGGAUUGCCAUGUAUUUGGCUCCACCCAUCUUAGCCUCAACCCUGACUAGUUUACCGGUCCCUGUUGAUGAAAAGCAUCCCCACUAUGUGAUGCUACCACCAUCAAGCUUCAUUGUGUGGAUGGUGAUCUCAGGGUCAUGAGCAGCAUUGGGUUUUCAUCAAACGUAGUGCUUUGAACUUUGAAAAGGUCAGUUUUGGUCUCAUCAGACCAGAGAACCUUUUUCCUUGGUUGCAUCUCUUCUCUGUCUGUUGCCCUCCUUACCUGGUCAGUCACUUUUGGUGGACUUUCCACCUGGGAUUCUUAUUAGCGCGAUAUCUCAAGAACGAGUGGUUGAACGCUUGUAGGAUUUCUAUGGAUUUGUCAUUGUAAGACUUGUUUUGAUAGAUCCUUGGUCUUCGUGAUGCUGUUUGUUUUAGGUAUGCUCCCUGACAACCUCGGGAGGCUUCCUGUAACAGGUCUAUUUAUAUUGCGCUCAUGUGACAGUUUAAUUGCACACAGAUGAACUCCAUUCAGCUAAUUAUGUGAGUUCUGAUGGCAACUGUUUUGCAAAUGUGGAACAUUUAAACAGGGUGGGGGGGGAAAGGGGACGGAUUGUAUAUACAUAUGCAAGGCACUGUACAAUGGAUUGCACAUUAAAUGUCAGUGAAAGCCCAGGAAUUUUAAUGAACUAUUAAUGAUAAAAAAAAUAAAUAAUAAUAAACAGUCAUAAAUCACUUUAUUAGGAAAUUAGAGUAGGAGCAAUUCUUUGUGAGGUGUGGGCUUCAAUUAUGCAUGCAAGCAUUUCUUAAUAAUGCGGCAUUCAGGCAUUUCAAUCAAUGUCACAUUUACAAAUACAACAGCUAUGUGGUCGUUCCAUCUUUAAGCAAUGAAAUCUAAAGGUUUGAGGGAUGCGUGAGGUUUACAUUACAAUGAGUUACUUCUAAUCAGCUAUAUUCAGUGUUGAGAGGAGUAGGUAUGCCAGAACACAAUGGACUUAAAUAUUUAAGCAAUAAUUUUUGAUUAAUGUCGGCCAGUAUUGCCACUUAACCGUAUCUAUUUAGCCCAUCAAUGUAGAGUGGUGAUAUUUGUUUACUAUUCAAAGCUCCAAUCAGCACAAUUUAUUUAAAGGUUUAUGCAAAUGUUCUCUUCUAAAUGCCACAAAGGAUUGUGUGCUGCAAAAAAAAAAAAAGGUUUUGCAUCCUCAUUAGAACAUUUUCCCUCCUCAAAGGUCAAACCAUAGCAGAUGUUACAACACAAUCGUGUUGCUUUCUGCACCAUUUUCUGAUGGCUUACAAGGACAGAAGGAAUGUAUGAAGGUAUGUUUAGAAUAUGGUGUCUUGGCAAAAGAUGAAUUAAAUGAAAACUGUUUCACCUUAUUAAAGGUAUUUUAGCAACGUUAAUCUCUCAACUCUAUGCGAACGUCCUUGUAAAAAAAAAAAAAAAAAAAACACAAAAGGAAGGAUACGCAUAGUGAUCAUAUUUUAAGAAUUAAUCCAAAGAACUGUUAUUUGACAUGAUCAAAUAAAUGUACUGGCUCUAACAAAAUAUUUCACAAAAGAAGCACAGAUUUUGUCCAUUUGGGAAUAAAAAAGCAUAAAAGGACAAACGAUUGUCCCUGAAAACAUUGCAUAAAGGCUGUGACCAGUGAGUGCUCACAUAUUCACUGGCCAAACAGAUGUUCAGGUCGUCUUUUAUCUACCACAAUUAAUGCUGGAAGUUUUUCCAAGGACGUGUGUUAAUGUGUACACGCUGAGCUGGAGUUACUCAUAGGCGUCUUCUGUUGUGGAGGGAAAACUCAUUUAGUUUCUUAAUGUGUGUUGCGUUGACUAAAAUCAUCAGAGCAUCAUGUAAUUUGACAGAGUGGAUGUCCAGGGCUUUGAUUCUGGUUGGCAGACAGCUCCAUCUCCCAGUUUUCCAAAAUGCAUUAGGGUUUGUUUUUUUUUUAAUCCCCAAUUCAGCAUCAAUGGACAGUGUUGUUCAGGCAGUCGCUCCUGUGGUACCUGUUCAAACUCGCAUGAAAAAUAAUAAUAAUCUGCUGUAUUAACUGUUUCUUAGCUAGUCUCAACUGGUUGCACUGCAAACAAAAAAGAAAACCGUGUAUAUUUUGUACAGAGACAAUAAAAAAAAACUACAACUGCUAUGCAA